AGACCGCUCGCAGGCAGAAGCCGCUUACUGUAAACUUGAAUAUAUUAAAACUUUUUGAAGAAGAACACAACUACCGGAUACACUCGAGAAGAAGAAAAGGACCAACUUAGAUAGUCUUAAAACUUUUUUUGUUUUUUUCGUGUUUGAGUGCUUGUUUUUUUUUUGUUUUUCUUUCUCUAAACAAGCUAACCGGAACAAAGGACUCGCCGCUUCGAAGAUAAUUAUUUAGUAAUUAACUUUGGGAGAUAGCUUUUUUUCCACAACAAGCUAAACUUCUGCCCGCCAACCCGUACACGCUUUAUGUAUUUGGAUUUAACAUUUCUUUCCCGCCGUCCUACUAUGGUCAUAAUGGAGGUUCCCACCAUCGACUGCUCGUCCCUCCGCGGUAUGAUGGAGGACGACGUCCCGGGCUGCCUGGUGCUGGACUGCCGCUCCUUCCUGUCCUUCAACUCGUCCCACAUAUCGGGCUCCACCAACGUCCGCUUCAGCACCAUAGUGCGCAGGAGGGCCAGGGGCGGGCUGGGGCUUGAGCACAUCGUCCCCAACGAGGACACCAGGAGCCGGCUCCUCUCCGGGGAGUACCAGUCCGUGGUGUUGCUCGAUGACCGCAGUCUGGACUUAAGCCAGGCGAAGAAAGACGGGACCCUGACGCUUGCGGUCACGGCCCUGUGUCGCGACCCCUGUGGAGUCCGGGUUUUUAUUCUCAAAGGCGGUUUUGAAGUAUUUUCCUCUGAGUGCCCAGACAUGUGUACCAAACCCUCCCCUCCACAGGGGCUCAGUCUGCCCCUGAGCGCCAGCCAUCCUGGGAGUGCAGACCCAAACUGUAGUCCAUGCAACACCCCUCUCUAUGACCAGGGCGGUCCGGUAGAGAUCCUUCCCUUCCUGUACCUCGGCAGUGCUUACCAUGCUUCAAGAAAAGACAUGCUGGACAUGCUGGGGAUCACCGCUCUAAUCAACGUCUCGGCCAACUGCCCGAACCACUUUGAGGAUUCCUUCCUCUACAAGAGCAUCCCCGUCGAGGACAACCACAAAGCCGAUAUCAGCUCCUGGUUCAAUGAGGCGAUUGAGUUUAUCGACUCAGUCAGGAAUAAUGGAGGCCGUGUGUUUGUGCACUGUCAAGCUGGCAUCUCCCGCUCCGCAACCAUUUGCCUUGCCUAUCUCAUGCGGACCAACCGCGUGAAGCUGGACGAGGCCUUCGAGUUUGUCAAGCAGCGCCGCAGCAUCAUCUCCCCAAACUUCAGCUUCAUGGGACAGCUCCUCCAGUUCGAGUCCCAGGUCCUGGCCUCAUCCACCUGCUCCUCAGAGGCGGGCAGUCCGGCCAUUGGCAACAACAGCACAGUUUUCAAUUUCCCAGUGUCCAUCCCCGUACACGCCUCGGCAGGUCAGCUGUCAUUCCUCCACAGUCCCAUCACCACCUCUCCCAGCUGCUGAGAAAAGUGUGAGGGAGCACAGACUUUGUUAGGACUUGAACUCACAAGUGCCUCUGCAAAGAGCGCUGCACAAAACACGAUUAUAAUCUAUGUUAUGGUGAUACUGGUAUCACUGGACAGAAUGGGAGCUAAUGUUUAGAGUCAGAUCAUGCGACUCGCUGAUCAUCAUUUCAAAGGGAGAUUUGACAACUACCAUCAGGCAGUAUUCAUGUAGAACUUCCUAAAUGUGAAAGCCAUCCACAGUUUUAAUCCUGGAUGAUUUGGGAAUGGCUGAAAAGGAAGUUAGAAAUCUUUGAGUUUGUUUUUGUUUUUGUUUUCUCAUGAAGGCAACUGCUUUUGAUAAUCACAAUCAUUUGUAAGCAAACAAACUAGAGAGGGCUCAGGAAUGUUGUCUCAUCCUCUCCAAAUGCCCGUGUUGCUUUCUAUACUGCUUAAAGAAAGCAAUAUACCCAUUGCCUAACAUGGUGUGGGAUUUGCGCCAUCAUUUGAUGAACAAUGAAUGUAUCCCCCCUCUUGUCAAUGUAGAUGUGGCAGUAAUGCCGGGUUGCCAAUAUAAAUGCCUGCCUUUAAAGACAUCAUGAAUCUUUGACGAUCCUGACACAUUUGGGGAAAUGGACCAUUAAAUACCUCAUGUUUCUGUACUGUGUACUGCAGCACUGAGACCCACAGAACCCCAAAACUGCUAAAAAUGGGGACACGUAGUCGUCAGUGGCUGCGUUCUGACAUAUUUAUUGAACUAAAGUAAUAUAUUUCUUUAUCAUAUCUAUUUUUGCAUAUGUUUUUAAAUGUUGUUUUUUUUAUACUGUCAAAUAAACCUCAGUUGACUUUUGUACUUAC